AUGGAGCUGCGCAGCGGAGCGAUUCUCCCCGGCCCCGUGCCCGUCCCCAUAACGGCGGCGGAGCAGCACGCGGACGGGUGGUUCCGCGAGGGCGUGCGCCUGGUGUUUGCCCGCUGGACCGCGCUGCAGCUGGCGCUGGAGAAUCAGUGGGGCGGCGGAAGGAGCGCGGAGAAGGCGCAACACAUGCAGGCGGACCUGGUGCAUUUCUGCUACAGCAAGCGCGGAGCGGUGUACGCGGACGAGCUGGAGGAGUGGCUGGACGAGGCGACCGUGAGGGACUUCAACAUGGAAGUGGAGGAUGGGAGCCUCAGAGAGGUGGCAGACAAGGUAGUUGAAGUGUUCAAGGUGUGUCGGGAUGGCAACUUCACGCUCGUGCAGCAGCUGCAGGCAGAGGAAGCAGCCGCUGCUGCCAAGGGAAGGCGAGCGGCACUGCAGCAGAGCAAAGUGGCAAAUCGCAAUGCCGACAGCGACGACAGUGAUUCUGAUGUGGAGGAAGUGGGGAACGGAGGAGCCAUGGAUGAAGAUGCGCCAGGAAGGGGUGCUGGGAUGGGAGCAUCGGGUCGCCAGUUUCGUGCUGCACCUCUUAGAAACGCGGAGAUUAUUGGGGAGCAGAGGUACUCCAGAAGAGAACCUACAGCAGCCGCUCUUGCUUCACAAGGCGAUGUCUCUACCGAGGGCUUGGAGCUGACUGAGGAAAACGUCGAGAAGGUUCUUGACGAGGUUCGACCGUACUUGAUGGCGGACGGCGGCAAUGUGGAAUUGUACGACAUUGACGGUCUCGUCGUGAAGCUGCGGCUUCAGGGUGCGUGUGGCUCGUGCCCGAGUUCCACAAUGACCAUGAAGAUGGGGAUCGAACGGAGGCUGAUGGAGAAGAUUCCAGAGAUAGUCUCCGUUGAGCAAAUCACGGACCAGGAGACGGGCCUUCCACUGGACGAGGAGAACGUGGAAAAGGUUCUGUCCGAAAUCAGGCCAUACUUGGUGGGAACGGGUGGUGGGGAGCUGACUCUUGUGAAGAUUGAUCCGCCGAUUGUGAAGGUCAGGAUUGACGGACCCGCAGCAGGAGUGAUGACUGUCAGGGUGGCUGUCACGCAGAAGCUGCGGGAGAAAAUUCCGUCUAUUGCUGCUGUACAGUUGCUUUGA